AUGAGGAGGCGACCAGUUGAGUCGGGUUCUGUUGGUGAUAAUAAUACUGGUGCUACUUCCACGCCACCUCAAAACCCGUACAAUUCAACUACCGCAAGCCGUUUCAACCACGAUAACAACGACGAGCUUAUAAGGUCCCAGCCUUAUUCGUCCACAACACCAGGCCUGUCACCCGUAUCUUCAUCAACAACAGCACAUGACGACAACACGCACGGUAAUAGCCACCAUUCGCAUAGAAAAUCAUCGAAUUCAAUUUUUAGCAUAAGACGAAGCAAGGACAAGGAUAGAGAAAGGGAUAGAGAGAGGGAUAGAGAUAGUGGCCGACAACACCGUAACGAAAGUCUAUCGGAUUUGUCUUCCAACGAUUCGGCGAGUAUCAUGUCGGGUGGAACGCAAGUAUCAUCUCAUAGUCGCCGACUGACGCAGAAUAUGCAACCUUCUAUUCAACAGCUACAGCAACAGCAGCAGCACCUUUCAGAUCAACAGCUGCACCACAUACCGCUGCUGUUACAUCUGCUGCUGCUGAUGCUGCUACUUAAUCAGCCCCAGUCUCAGUCUCUUCCAAAUCAUCAUCAUCAUCAGCAGCAACAGCAGCAGCAACAACAACAAUUGGAACUGCAGCUGCAUUUGCAACUGCCAUAUGGGGGUGCUAGGUCAGCUCUGUUGAAUUACAACCCAGCAUACCAAUCACCGUAUACUAGGAAAUCAUCGACGUAUAGUAUCACAUCUAUUGGUUCAAACAAAGCUGCAGAUGCGCCAUCUUCACUAAAUAGUCGACAACAUCCACAACAGCCGCCACCACCACCGCCACCUCAAUUUACAGCGGCAUAUCUUCCCCUGACAGCGCUUAGUCGGAAAGCGACUAACUUGUCCAUCAAUUCAAUCACCAAAUCAUCAAGAACUUCAUUCUCAGGUGAUCAACAACCAAGAGAAUUAAUCUUGGAAAAACCAAGUUCGGCGCUAGAAAUCGAUCGAUUAUUUAAAGAAUUGUUGGAAAAAAUAAAUUUCAAGAGUUUACCACCACAAGCAGCAAGAGAUUUGUUAAACUACGAUACCGAUAGAAAAUGGAUGAUGAUUGCUCAAUCUCAAAGAGCAGAAAAUGAACGACAGAUUAGACAACAAAGUAGCGAGUUGCACACUUUGACUCCAACAAACUACAUUCAACUAUUAUUACUGAAGAGCAUAACAAAACAACAGUUGAACGAAUUAUGGGUCCAACUACGAAGUGAACCCAUUGAUUGGGUUAGGGAAUUCGUUUAUGAUUGCCAAGGUGAUGCAUUAUUGGCUUCAACGUUACAGAAGCUACACGAAGAUAUGGCCCAAAAGGGUAUCCUGGAUAUUGAAGACGAAAGAUUUGACGAGGAAAACUAUAUAAUGAGAUGUCUUCGAUGUGUUUUAAAUCAAAAAUUGGGAGCAGAAAGAGCAAGAACCGAUGUCGAUAGAUUUGUUACUGCUGUUAGUGGAUGUCUUUUAUCGCCAAGGUUAUUGACAAGGAAGUUGGCAACCGAUGCCUUGACAUUCCUUAUAAGUUAUAAUUCAUCUGAUAGUGGUAGAUAUCACAAAGUUUUAAAAGCAAUUGAUUCACUCAAUGAUAAAGUGAGAUUUGACUUUGAAGAUUUUGACGAGGAAAAUGCAACAAAGAAGAGAAGCUUGGUUCGGAAACCACCCCCUGUUAGUGGAAGCAGAAGAUUUGCCGUUUGGAUUGGCUUGGUUGAAAGAACAGUUGAUGCAAAGGGCAAAUUCAACUCCAACGUUGGCGAGCGCGAGGAGUUGCGGUCCCAACCCGCAGGUACAACACCCAAGGAAAACCAUUUCCCCGAUUAUUGCUCCUCGACCAUAUUAUUGAUAUCCGUUAUCAUCAAAAAUGGUGCCGAUUACAGAGUGAGGAUGCACUUGCGUUCUCAAUUCAAGGCUGCAGGGUUGAACAGAUUAUUCAAAAAGUUUCAAGACUUGAGACAUGAAUCUUUGCUGCUUCUCAUGGACCAGUACUAUGACUUGGCCAAUGCAGAUGAAGAAGAGAUGAAAUUCAGCCAAAACAUUGAUGAAAAUGUCAAUUUCAAUGAUCCUGUUGAUUUGAUAAAGUCGUUGUAUACCAACUUUAAGGAUUCAGAUAUGCAGGACAGCUUUCUCAGCACCAUCCAGCAUCUAUAUCUAUUCCAAAGUGAACGACGAAACGACCAGCGCGAGCUAGGCAAUGGCCUACGAAUACUCGACGGUAUCGUGCAGAAUCUCUCCUCGGUGCAAACAAGUGAUGAAAACACGGCAAUUAACAUCGCCAUCAAUAAGCUUAGCUCGAACUUGAGCACUGAUGAUCAAUACCGGAGGGCGUUGGAGGAAGUCAAGUAUUAUAAAAAAGUUGUAGAAGAGGCAACUGCCGAGCGAGAUGACAUGUCCAAGAAAUUGGCUAGGGGCGCUGAUGGUUUAGUUGAUGGAUUGACCAAUGACCUUAAAGAGCGUGAUUUGGUGCUUGAAAGAUUUAGAAUCUCAGAUAAAGCAAAGAAUGAGGAGAUAAACAGGUUGAAAUUAGAGUUGCUGACAGUGAAACAAGAGCAGGAAUUGCAAAUGAGAGAGUUUCUAAUCCAUUUGAACAGCAGUAAUAAUACCAACAACAAUAACAACGAGGAUGAUGAUGAUGAUAUUGAAACUAAUAAGUUGAGGAAACAAAGGGCUAGAACCACCGUUUCGCUUUCUACAUCAAAUGCCGAGUUGGCCGAACGUUUGCGGAAACAGAUUCAUCGCCGAAGAGCCGAAUCUCGCUUAGACAAUAAGCAAUUGGGCGCUCAAGUCGAACCUCUGCGACGGUUACGCAAGUUAAGAGAUCAAAUGGGCGAUAUAGAAAAUAUGGCCCGGGAAUUGGAAAUGACUGAGUUUGAAAAUUAUAUUGAACCACAAGAUCAAGAAGGCACAUUCACUUCCGAGCCAGAGUUGUUGGAAAGUUUGUCGUCGGAAUCAGACUCAGAACCAGAACCAGAAAGCGAACUCCCUGUUACGCCUCCGUCGCCUGGACCCAGGCGUGCACUCCGCCGCGAUGAUUUGACAAAACUCGACAGAUUGAGGAAGAAAUUAGCCAGUCUCCAGGGCGAGUCAAACGACAUCUUGAAGUACAACAGCAAUUCCAUGCUCCACAAGCAAAAGUAUUUGGCAAUGGAGAGGCUCCGGGAAUUGGAGAACAAUUUCCGAGAUUUCAAUAUCGAUUUCAGCAUGCAAGAAGAAGAGAAUCAGUUUUCCUUUGCUCCAAUGGAUGGAGUUGACGAGUCAAUACGUGGUAAAACCAAGGAAGUGUUGUUGGAAGCAGAAAAGAUCCGCGACGAAUUGAGAAAACAAUUGGCGGCGGUGCAAAAGUCGUCGCAGAAACUGCCAGCAAAGUCUAGAUCAGCUCGAAGCUCGGUAAUUGAUCGCCUUGAGAGCAAGUAUGCCCAGGGGCAGGUCAAGCCUCUGGAGACCGAUGUACACUCAUCAACUCAAGGACUGAAACAAGAAGUGAAGCCCAUCCAGAGAGCACGCUUUGAACCAAAGUUUUUGAACGAAUUAAGCAGCAAAGUUCCCAAAGCAGAGCCCAUUAGCGAGCAGCCAGCAACUGCAAAAAUUGAUACUAAAGAGGAGACAAAAGAUGAGCUGAAAAAAAAUGAGGAUUCUGUGGAGACCAGCGAAGCAAAGAGUCUCAAAGGGUCUAUUUCUUCUGCACCUGCAACAGCACCUUCACCUGCAACAGCACCUGCACCUGCUCCUCCACCUCCGCCGCCCCCGCCACCCCCACCUCCACCUCCUCCACCUCCUCCAAUGGUCGGCUCUCCAGGGACAGUACCACCGCCACCACCACCGCCACCUCCACCUUUCACAACCAAUGGUGCAUCGAUGCCCCCUCCUCCCCCACCACCACUUCCAUCAGCAGGUUCUACACCCCGAAUGCCAGCCUUUUUAUCCCCCGAUUUGGUCAAAAGCCCCCAAUUUGAUGGCACUCCAAGGCCCAAGAAAAAAUUAAAACAAUUGCAUUGGGAAAAAAUCGAUCACAAUGAAGCUGCCAACUCAUUCUGGAAAGAACCAAAUUCCAACACUAUCGCCAAAGAAUUGUUGUCAAAGGGCAUAUUCGAUGAAAUUGAGGUCAUUUUUGCUGCAAAGGAAAUUAAAAAGUUGGCGUCAAAGAAGAAAGAAGAUGUAGACAAGGUUUCGUAUUUGAGUCGUGACCUAGCUCAGCAGUUUAGUAUCAAUCUCCAUAUGUUCAGCUCGUUAUCUGAGGAAGAGUUUGUUGUCAAAGUGUUGCGAUGCGAUAAGGACAUUAUCUCGAAUUCCGCCGUUUUGGAAUUUUUCGGGAAACCCGACAUUGCUGAGGUUACAAACUCGUUGGCCAAGAACUUUGAACCAUACUCGACAGACUACAAGUCGGAGGAGAUUUCCAAACCCGAUAAGGAUCCUUCAGAACUUCAGCGGCCGGACCGUAUAUACUUGGAGUUGAUUUAUAACUUGCUGCACUAUUGGAAAUCGAGAACACGGGCGUUGACCAUGAUUUCUCAUUUCGAAAAAGACUAUGACGAUCUUGUUGCAAAGCUUCAUGCUAUUGACGAAGCGGUUGAUAGCAUUAAAAACUCAACCAAUUUGAAGGCUGUUUUUGAAAUAAUCUUGACUGUGGGAAACUACAUGAACGACGCCACUAAACAAGCCAAGGGUUUCAAAUUGAGCUCGUUGCAAAGGUUGAGUUUCAUGAAGGAUGACAAAAACACCAUGACUUUUUUGCACUUUGUUGAGAAACUUAUUCGAACUCAGUAUCCUGAAAUCUUGGCCUUUUUGCAGGACUUAUCCACUUGCAACGAUAUUGCCAAGUUUUCCAUAGAGAACAUCUACACCGACUGCAAAGAGUACGCUCAGAAUGUUAAAAACGUGCAAUCCUCUAUUGAUAUAGGUAACCUUUCCGAUGUUGGGAAAUUCCACCCGCUGGACCGUGUUUUGAAAGUUGUCCACCCAGUCUUGCCACGAGCCAAUAGAAAAGCGGGGUUGCUUCUCGACCAAGCAAACUUCACCAUCAAACAGUUUGAUGACUUGAUGAUUUAUUUUGGUGAGGAUCCAACCGACCAAUUUGUGAAAAACUCAUUUAUCAGCAAAUUCACAAACUUUAUGAAAGAGUUUAAAAAGGCGCAAAGCGAAAAUCUCAAACGCGAAGAGGAGAUUAGAAUCUAUCAGCAAAGAAAGAAGAUGCUCGACACGUCAAAGAAACUGGGUCAAGAUGGUGAUAAUUCAAAUGCCUCGGGAAGUAAUUACGGCGGCGAAGACGUCAACGACGACGACGUCGAUGAGAAUGGAGAAGGUGUCAUGGACUCGUUGUUGGAGAAAUUGAAAGCAGCGGGUCCCGCACGUGGUGAGCCAACGUCAGCACGUAGGAAAGCGAUAAUGAGAAGACAAUUGUUGGAAAAUCAACGGAAAUUCGCUAAUGCAUCACCAAGCAGUAAUAAAAACGACGAUAGUGAAUCGAAAAAUGCGGAUUCAGAUUCGGAUUCGUCCAUUACAAAUGAGACGCUAGAUGAAUCGAGGGGUGGUUCGGAAAAUGGCGGCUCGCGUGCCAAAAAUUUGUUGCAAGAACUACGCGGUGCUCAUGAGGACUCCUCUGAGGAAUCAUUGAGUGCUGCGCAAAAAUAUAGGCAAGAGAGGUUGCGAAAGAAAAUAGCUAGUAAUACCACCCCUCUCUGA